UCCCUUUUCUACUCUUCUUUUUUUCACCACAACCAAAAUCAAAUCAUAGAAAAUGGAGUCUAAUGGCGAUAAACUGGCUGAGAAUGAAAAGAACCUUUCAUCUCUUCAACUGGAGGACAAACCUCCGGUGGUGGUCGGAGGUUCCUCAAUCGGAAAAAUCCUAUUAGUUGCAUCUAUAGCCGCCGGAGUUCAAUUCGGCUGGGCCUUACAACUAUCUCUUCUAACACCUUACGUCCAACUUUUGGGUAUACCCCACAAAUGGGCAGCCUAUAUCUGGCUUUGUGGACCCAUUUCCGGCAUGAUUGUCCAACCACUCGUCGGUUAUUAUAGUGAUCGAUGCACUUCCCGUUUCGGCCGUCGCCGACCCUUCAUUCUCUCCGGCGCCUUUCUUGUAGCUAUCGCCGUCUUCCUAAUCGGUUACGCCGCCGAUAUAGGCCAUCGAGGUGGCGAUCUCUUGGAGAAGGGAAAGAUCAAACCGAGAGCCAUAGCUGUUUUCAUAGUAGGAUUCUGGAUCCUUGAUGUUGCUAAUAACACUCUUCAAGGACCUUGCCGAGCUUUUCUCGCAGAUUUAUCUGGCGGAAGUGCUAGUAAAAUGAGGAUAGCGAAUUCGUUAUUCUCGUUCUUCAUGGCCGUCGGGAAUGUGUUGGGAUACGCCGCCGGUAGCUAUGAUAAACUCUAUAAACUGUUUCCAUUCACCGCCACGGUUGCUUGUGAUCAUUAUUGCUCGAAUCUUAAGAGUUGCUUUUUCCUGUCGAUUAUCUUGUUGGGAAUUGUAACCGUUCUAGCACUUUCUCUGGUCGGCGAACAACAGUUUAUCCCUGCCGAACCUGCCCUGAAUAAGGCGGGCGAUGUUGUCGGAAAAGAAGGGAAAUGCACUGUCCCUUUCUUCGGUCAACUGUUAGGUGCGUUGAAAGAUCUGCCUAGACCCAUGUGGAUUUUGAUGCUGGUUACGAGUUUGAACUGGAUUGCUUGGUUUCCUUUUCUGUUAUACGAUACUGAUUGGAUGGGUAAAGAAGUGUACGGCGGGAAAGUGGACGAGGGAAGGACUUAUGGAGUCGGGGUUCGAGCUGGGGCGGUUGGUUUGAUUCUGAACUCGGUUGUGUUGGGAUUUGUGUCGUUGGCGAUUGAGCCAUUGGGUAGGGUUCUUGGAAAAGCUAAGCGAUUAUGGGGAAUCGUUAAUAUCAUAUUGGCUAUAUGUUUGGUGAUGACGGUCGUUGUCUCCAAGAAGGCGGAGUCUUGGCGGCACAUGGCGACGACAAACGGGGUUAAUACGUUAGAAACGUCGCCGCCAGAUGCCAUCAAGGCUAGUGCCCUUGUGAUCUUUGCCAUCCUUGGUAUCCCACUUGCUGUGACUUUUAGCAUACCAUUUGCCUUGGCAUCCAUUUUCUCUAGCUCGGCUGGUGCUGGACAAGGUCUGUCUUUGGGUGUGCUGAAUUUGGCAAUUGUCAUUCCCCAGAUGAUUGUUUCUGUUACUAGUGGACCUUUGGACGAUGCUUUUGGGGGAGGAAACUUACCGGCGUUUAUAAUGGGUGCAGUCGCAGCGAUCAUUAGCAGCGUUUUAGCGUUUACAGUGCUUCCUACCCCAAAACUCGACCAAAAUGCUGCCGGAACGCCAACCAUAGGAGGAGGGUUUCAUUGAGAUGCAACUAGUUAAUUAAUAUAAGCAACUUCCUUUUUUUCUUUUUUUUCCCACAAACCUAUAAUAUCUAGGCAGUUUUAAUAUAUAGUUUGCUUUUUAUUUGAUCUUUGAGUGUUUUUUAAUUUGGUGUUUUUCUUUUUCUAUAUAAGAAAAUUGUAAAAACAGAUGUUAGUGUUUGUGUUUUGCUAAUUAAUAAUGUGAAGUGUGGUGUGACUUUAAUGU